AUGACUAGGUCAAGAUCAACUACUUUAGAUAUGGGAUUGCUGCAACCAGUUGACACCUUGACGAGUCUUCCUGAGAUACCUAGGUCGCCUGCAUCUCCAAUCCACCGCCGAUCUCAAUCACUUGUAGUGGAUCAAGAAAUUGAUAAUUUAACCGAAGAAGCUGUUCCAAAAGAAGAGCCUAUUCAAUCAUCACGACAGAAUAUUUGGGCCGCCCUUUAUUCGAGGUAUCCAAAUCUAAAUAUUACACUUAUAUCGAUCACCUUGUGGUAUGCGUUUUCCAUGUCAAUUAGUGUGUAUAAUCGAUGGAUGUUUUCGACUUCAAAGCUCGAUUUUUCCUUUCCUAUUUUGAUAACAUCGUUCCAUCAGUUGAUUUUGACAUUUCUUUCAGUAUGUACGCUAUUGAUAUUUCCAAGAUUCAGAAUCGAGAAGUAUGGCGAUACAACGUAUACGAUGCCCCUGAAAGAUUAUGCAACUAAGAUCUUCCCCUGUAGUGUUGCCUCUGCUGGAGAUAUUGGAUUGGGUAACACGGCGUUCAGAUUCAUCACAUUAUCUUUGUACACAAUGGUGAAAACAUCUUCCUUAAUAUUUGUAUUGAUGUGGGGGGUAUUCUUCAAAUUGGAGAAACUAAAUUUGAAAAUAUCAAUGAUUGUCACAUUGAUGGUAUUUGGUGUUUCAAUGAUGAUUUAUGGUCAGCAUGAUGAUCCAGAGUCGGUAUCAGCCAGGGAAUUGUUGAAACCAAGUCAUAUUUUUUUAGGCGUAACAUUGGUUCUUUUAGCAGCAUGUAUGUCUGGUUUGAGGUGGGCAUUGACUCAAAUAAUGCUAAAAAAGAACAAACAUACAAGAAAUCCCAUUUUAACAAUGAUGUAUAUAUCACCUGGAAUGUUUUUUGUGUUACUGAUGGUUGGGUCUGCAGUCGAAGGGGUUGGUGAGUUUUUACAUGCACCAAUCUGGGAAAACAAAGGUUCUUGGGGAACGAUUGGUUUAAUGAUUAUACCCGGCUUUUUGGCGUUCUUUAUGACAAUAUCUGAGUUUGUUUUGUUGCAGUAUGCCUCACUACUUACUUUGUCCGUUGCUGGGAUUUUCAAAGAGUUACUAACUAUUUUUUUAAGCUGGAUUGUAUUUGGAGAUACCUUUAGCUUGAUCAACGGGAUUGGGUUGUUGAUUACUUUUACCGAUAUCUUAUGGUACAACAAAUACAGGUUCGAUCAAAACGAAAUUACAGGCAAGGACGACAUUGAAUUGGUGGAUGUCGAAAUGAACGAUUUGAACGUAAUGACAGAGUAUUCCACUAAAUAA